AUGCUUCGCUCCCGUUUCCCUACCGCCCAUCACUUCACUGUGUCCCUUUUCGGGUGCCAGUACCACGCCGAUUCGCCGUCUCCGGAGAAGCUGGCCCUCAUCAACAAGUUUGACGGUCUCAUCAAGGCCGCCGCGAUUCAUGUCGAAGAGCUCGAGCAGAAUGAUCUGCCGUCCAAGAUCUGGAUGAGCUACUGGAAAACGCCCCAGCUCUUCAAGGCAUGGUGGGAAAGCCCGGAAACUUCCGCCUUCUGGAGCUCCCUUCCCGAGGACGCCGGGUUCUGGAGAGAGACGGUGAGCCUGCCGGCCACCAGAUCGAUGUACGAAACCAACAAGCCGAUACCUUCCGGCUUUGGCCACUGCGGAGAGCCCAUCCCCCUUACCGAGAAGACGGGAUACUGGGGUGCCUACCGUUCCCGCCUGACCCCUGAGUCUCCCGAGGACAAGUUUGAGUCCCCUUUGCCCGCGGUUCCAGAGCCGCGGCCGUUGUCCGACAAGGUCAGGUCCGGCAGGGUCAGGGUGUCCAAGUUCCCCGACAACAUCUCCUUCGUCGUCGAGGGCCAGGACUACAGCGCCAUGAACGACAACGAGCGCAGCCACUGGAACGAGAACUUUGACGGCCUCACGAAGCAAUGGGUCACCAACGUCGUCACCGCCGGCCCGACAAAGGGAAUGCUCUCCGCCAGGGCCUGCCACGCCUUUGCCGGCGAGAAGCAGCCGGGGGCUACGACGAACGGCGCGACGAACGGUGCCUCGACCAACGGCACCAGCAACGGAGCGGUCACCAACGGGCACGGAAUCUUCCCUGGCCUGGACUACAUCCGCCAGGCCCAACUCCUUUUCUGGCUGGACCUGUCCAAGAUGGAGCACAUUGGCCGCACGGACAAGGUCCAUGUCAAGCUCAGGCGGGACUUCUUCGCGGCGUACGGGCCCGGUGGGGUGAUGGAGGGAGGCGACCUCCUCCUCUGGGUGGACGUGGCAGUGCUGAAGGGGGAGGAGAUGGAUGCGGAGUAUGUGGGAUGUUACGAUGGAACGGGGUUCCUCGCAUACGACGACCAUCCCGCGUUUACGACGGAAAGUGUGAAGACGGCCAAGCUGCCAGCGUUCUUUGACGCGCCGAUCAAGUCCAACCCGAUCGAAUGGUAG